UAUUGAUAAAUUUAGAGCAUCAUGGCUCCAGGUUGUUUUAUGAAGAAGCCAAAUGUCUAAAGGGAACACACCGUCUUCAUUUGGCUCUCUGCUCUCCCUCGCGCCGUAAUGUCGGUGUCCCUAUCCAGCAUCCCCGUAGUACUGAAGGACCCGAGCUACCACUCCGGCGUAAUGAAGGGCAGUCCGGCUCGUGGCUUCUUCCCCGGCCCCCACCACCCGUUCAUGGACUUCUUCCCGCGGACUCACAACCUCCUCCACCCGCUCAAAUCCCUCGGGCGUCUCGUGUCUGACGCACAGGGGUCCCUGCCUCUCAGCCUGCACGGGGGAGCCCCUCAGUUCCCUCACCACCCCGCUGUCCUGCACGAGCACGUGUUGAGCGCAUCUGGGAUCCCCUACCUGAGCCAGAUGUUGCCGGGUCAACCUCUGCACUCCAAACCAGAGGAGCUGGCUGCAGUGGUGACGGAGCACGCGGCCGGUCCGCUUUCCUCGGACUUCAGCAGCCCGUCCAGCGAGAGGUCUUCCUCGGUGUCCUCUUCCUCGCCGCGUAAAGAGAGUUUGUUUCGGUUCCGGAGCGCAGAGACAUCACCGGAGAAAACGCGCACGUGUUAUAACUUUAGUGAGGAUGAUUUGUUCAUGGUGCUGUACGGUUAUUCUGGCAACCAGGACCGCAACGUGGGCCACGCACUAUCAGGACUAAUACUGCCGGAAAAGCCAGUGUCUGACUCUCACAUCCUGCCUCUGGACAAAGACGCACUGGAGCUUCCAGAGGGGUUAACAAUCAUUCAGACAACGUGGGGAAGUGUGUCACAUCGUGGAGUUUUCACAGAGAAAAGCAGCAUCCCGAAAGGCACGCGCUUUGGACCUUUCCAGGGGAAACUGGUGAACACGAGCGAGAUUAAAACCUAUGAUGACAACACUCUAAUGUGGGAGGUGUUUGAAAAUGGCCGCUUGAGUCACUUCGUGGACGGCCGAGGAGGAUCAGGAAACUGGAUGUCUUUGGUGAAGUGUGCUCGCUUCCCGGACGAGCAAAACCUGAUCGCAGUCCAGGUGCAGGCCCAAAUCUUUUAUGAAGCCUGCAAAGAGAUCCGGCCCGGCCAGGAGCUACUGGUGUGGUAUGGAGACUGUUACAUGCAGUUCCUCGGAAUCCCCCUCACUUUGAAAGACUCCAGAGAGGAAAACAACGCGGGUAUCGCUGAAGACUCUGGUGAGGGCUUCAAGUGUGACAGGUGCGGGAAAGUGUUUGCCUACAAGUACUACAGAGACAAGCACCUGAAGUACACGCGCUGCGUGGAUCAGGGAGACAGAAAGUUCCCCUGUCACCUUUGCGACAGAUCCUUCGAGAAGAGAGACAGAUUAAGGAUCCACAUUUUGCACGUGCACGAGAAACACCGGCCUCACAAGUGCUCUGUGUGCGGAAAGAGUUUCUCCCAGUCAUCCAGUCUCAACAAACACAUGCGCGUGCACUCUGGAGAGCGGCCGUACAAGUGUGUUUACUGUAAUAAGGCCUUCACUGCCUCCAGUAUCCUCCGCACACACAUCCGCCAGCACUCCGGAGAGCGGCCCUUCAAGUGUAAGCACUGCGGGAAGGCAUUCGCCUCGCACGCAGCCCACGACAGCCACGUCCGGCGGACUCACGCAAAGGACAAGGCGCAUAACUGUGAGCUGUGCGGGACUGCUUUUCAGGACGAGCAGGAGCUUCAGUCCCACAUGAAGAGCCACAAAAAAAUCUUGGACAGCGCAGGUCUCCAGCCUUCUCCUGGCGAUGGAUUACAGGAAGACACCAUGUUUGCAGCAAAAGACAAUCCAAAAACACAGAAAAACUUUCCUUAUUCUGGAUUAACAGUUUUAAAUCCAGAAUAUCGUCCCUGGAACUAAAUUGACAAACCUGAGAUAAUUUGCACUCAGUAAAUUCUGACAAUGAAAACCAUUGUAGUUAUGUUAAGGCUGUUUUACAGAAUUUUAUAUGAUACUAAAAUACAAUAUUACAGAAAGCAUAAGUGAAGGAACAUUGUUGUAAAGCCAUAAAAGAAGCCUAUAAGGUAGGAUCUGUGUAUUUUUUUCUUCAUGUAAAUGCUGCUUUAAAAAAGGUAAUUAGAUAAUACUAUAUAUGUUAGCUCAUCAUAAUUUAAACUGUCGCUAAAAUGUGUCUAAAUCUAUUUAAUAUAUGUCAAAAUAUGUUGUCUGUUAUUUUGUGGCUUAAAGCUUUGACUCUGCAGUGAUUCUUACCCAAUGUGAUAAAAUAAUAACUAUUAUUAUUAUAUUCCUAUUCAUCUUAUUAUAUUAUUUUUAUUGUUAACAUUAUUACAUUGGGUUUCUUGCAUCCACAAAUGCUUGAAAAGCAAAGGGAUUUCUAUCAUUGUAGAUUGGAGCCUAUCGUGUACAGAAUAAACAUUACACCCUCUUUUAAUUUAUAAUGUAUGUAAAUAUUUUCUAUUGUAAUGUAAGGCUACAAAGCAUUGAAGUGUCGGCAUUUGUUCUGUACGUGCGUCUGCUUUUUUCAUGUCUAACAAAUAAAAAAUCAGCGCAUGGAAACAA